GUAGACCAGAGCGAGGUUAGCUACUGACACCGAGGGAGGACUUCACUGUGACUGUGGGAGGUAGCUAACCACAAACAUGUCUGACAGAACGAUUGAGCUGGAGGAGACUGCGACCCACACAGGUCCAAAAGGAGUCAUCAAUGACUGGAGGAGGUUUAAGCUGGAAAGCAUGGACCAGGAGAACUUGCCUCCUGCAAAAAGGGAACUGCUGAGACAAAUGUCAUCCCCGAGCAGACCAAAAGAUGACUCCAGAGCAAACCUUAACCGCAAGAUGAGUGUCCAAGAGUAUGAACUGCUUAAAGAGGAGGAUGAGGGAUGUCUAAAGAAAUACAGAAAGCGGUGCAUGCAGGAGAUGCAUGAUAAACUCAGCUUUGGGCCCAAGUUUGAAGGUGUGCAUGACCUGGACAGCGGAGAGGCCUUCCUAGAAGUUAUAGAGAAGGAACAUUACAGCACAGUGGUAGUCGUCCACAUCUACAAGGUUGGGGUCAAAGGUUGUGAGGAGCUCAACAGCUGCCUUGACUGCCUGGCCACCGAGUACCCCACUGUAAAGUUCUGCAGGAUUGAUGCUGUCGCAUCCGGUGCUGCCGAGCGGUUCUCGGAUGAGGUUUUGCCUACGCUGCUGGUGUACAAGGCUGGAGAACUACUUGGGAACUUCCUCGCCUGCACGCAGCACCUAAACGAGGAGUUCUUCGCCACUGAUGUGGAGGCCUUCCUCAACAGCUAUGGGCUGCUGCCAGAGAAAGAGCUACCUGGUUUGGAAGAUGAAGAAGAAAAUGAUGUAGAGUAAACAGAGUUUGGCUGCUGGAGGAGAUGGGAAGCUGUCUCGGGGGGCUGGAUAGAAAGCUAUUAAAGACAAUUUAUGACAUAAGACAAGUUAUUUUCUUGGGCUACGGCAAAUAGAAAAACCCUAACAUCUCCACUAGCUCACUAGUGUUUGAAGACUGUUCUCCAAAGGAGAAAUUUUACAUCCAGUGGGUGAAGAAACCUCAAUUUCUCAGAUAUGGGUGCUGUCAAAUGUGAAUGUGGAUUAAAGUUAGGUGAGGAGAUACAGCGUUUAUUUAUUUAAUGCCCUCACCACCACCCGAACAAAAGCCAAAGCCAUCAAACUGUAAAUUAAAACACAGUAAUUGUAAUGUUUUAUUUUGUAAUGAUAGAAAGUAUUACAUGCUGUAUGUACUUGUAUAAAAUGUAUUCAUUCACAGAUUUUUUUUUGUAGCCUUUGAUUAGGUUGAUCUGUACAUGAGUUAUUUAUAAAUCCAGGGUUUGAUCAAGUGACAUCCUCAAAUGUGACACGAUAUUUAAACUCAUGUGUACAUGCAGUACUUCUGUGUGCCCGUUUUUUGCCAAAAUUAAAAAAAAAGAGAGUUUGAAGAGCAAAGCACAGAAGGAACUCUUCAGACUUAAGAGGCCAAAGCACUCUGGAUGUGGAAACCUCUGUGUGUAAACACACCUGGCCAGUCCAAUAUGACCUACCCCUGCUUCUCCAGCCAGUGUGGCGGGAGACGCAUAUUGUGUCUGGAAAAAGCAUCCAUGAGCCUCCGGUAUUUUUCCAUCAUCAGUGAAACAUCAUCAGUGAGGAGUUUUCUGUGUAUUUUAUAUUGUGAAAAUGGAGAAAGUCAUGGAAAUACACAAAAAGGAAACUUUGGGUCUUGGGUUUUCUUAGUGUGAUGUGAAUCAGCCAACAAGCCCUCAACUCAGCAUGAUGGCCAAUAUCAUCAUCAUCAUCAUCAUCAUCAUCAUCAUCAUCUCAUUUGAUUUUGCUAAGGAUUUGGUUACUAUUUUAAGUUGUGUACUGGAAUAUGAUGAAACAUAGUCUAAUAUACAUCCUGAAUGUC